AUGGCGGAUUAUAGCGCAACCGUCUCUGAUUUUCAAGCUCACGCCACCGGAGACGAAGGAGAGAGAAACCCUCCAAGUGUCUCCGACUCCGGCGGCGGCUCUGCCAUCGCGAAGACUAGUACCCUUGAUAAUAUCGACAAACUGAUGAGAACACUGCGAAGAGGAGUAGAGACAGUGGCUUUUGAAGUCUCUCCCGGUUCUGAUGUUAUCGAGAGAAUUAUCAGCUUUGCCUGUAGAAACCAUGUCGGUGUUGAUAUAAUCAGCGCUACUGGCUCCGUUUCAAACGUCACGCUCUGGAAUGCUUCUCCACUACAACAACCAGUCUUUCUUAAGGGAACAUUUGUGUUACACACCUUGAUCGGCUCAUUCUUCCCGGAAUAUUGUACUCCGGCCUCUUCAAACAGAACACCCCAAUCAUCAUCGCCGUGUCCUAAUUUUCGCAUAACUUUUGAAGGGGCACAAUUUCAACUCUUUGGAGGGAGAGUAUUCGGGAAACUGGAGGCAGCAACACAAGUGGAGGUGGUGGCGGCUGUUUUGGAAAACCCUUGGUUCGAUGAUUUUCCAUGCAAAGAUGAUAAUGAGGAUCCCCGUCAGCGGAAAAAAGCUCGUAACGCUAAUGGCGAAACCGGGAGUUUCGCUUCUACUUGCAUGUACAUGGAUGUUUACAGAGGAGCGAAUCCUGCUCCACCAAACUUCCAGUUUCCUCCUUGUCUUAUGCCUUGGAGUAGGGUCCUUCCCGGAAGAUGA